GGUUUGGAUCAAAAAGUCGGUCCAAAAUUAAUGUUUUAUGUACAAGAACCGACCUAUUGUACACACGUGUUAGCAUCUUCAAGACUUCAUCUCUAAUUUUCUUUUGUUCAUUAAGAUACCCAUUGAUCCGAAUCUGUUACAUUCCCACCUACUUUUUUACUAUCCACUCCAAAUUAAACACAACCCAUGAUUUUAAUAAUUGAAAGCCUUUAAAAAUAUUUCAAAAGCAGCCUCUUUGUGUUUGUCUAUAUAUAAACACAUUAUAAGAAGGUGAAUGAAUCUCACAGCUUACAAUUACGAACAUAGUAAUGAAGAAGAGACUAAGCUUGAAGCAAAUCUUGGUGACUCUCUCCAACCUCGGUGUAUGUUUGUGCGUAAAACAUAUUGAUAGUAACAAGAUUCAAGAUUCUAACACAGAGAUCAAGAACGGAUCUCUAUGUCCCCAAGACGAUUCGGCUAUCGAAGGAAGAAGGAGAAUCAAAGUGGUGAUAACUAGGAAACAGCUGGAGCGCUUGUUGGCGAAGCAAGUUUCAUUGGAGCAGCUUGUUUUUGUGAAUCAGAGAACCUCUCUCAGUUGUUUUGACGACAGUAAGUGGAUCCCAAGGCUUGAAUCUAUCCAUGAAUCACCUGAAUUGUAAAAUUUUGGGUUUUAAAUGUUUCUUCAGACUUUGCGGCUCAUGGUGUUGUAUAUAUCAUAAAGUCUUUUUGUAACUUCAGUGUUAUUUAACUGAAUAAGUUUACAAGAAUAGGAGAACAGAGCAAAAACAGGGGAAACAGAACAAGAACAGGCGAAAACAAGGUUUAAUCCAAUGAUCGAUCGAUGAAUUUCUUUCCAUAUGUUUCUUUCAGAUUUAAUAUGAUAAAAGAUGUAAAGAAACACAGAAAUAUUAUGAUAUGCUCAAAGCAAAAAGUUGUUACUCUAAAAAAUGUUUGAAACACAAUAUAACAAUGAAAACUCCAGAACGUUUUGUUA